UUUUUUUUUCUUCUUCUUUUUCUUAAAAUAAACCCUAUCCUCCCUUCUUCCUCCUCCCCCUACUCUUUGAAUAUAUAAUAAUGGCUCUUCGUCUUGCUUCAACUUCUGCCUUUCGUUCUACAACUCGUCUUAUGAUGCGUCAACAACCUAUGGGUCUUGUCAAGAUUCAUUCUUCUGUUGUUCAAUCUAAUAAUGCUAUUGCAACACAUAAACCCGAUCGUCUUCAUGGUUCUUAUCAUUGGGACAUUGAGCGUGCUGCUUCCGUUGCUUUAGUUCCUAUUAUUGCAUCACAACUUGCUCUUGGUGCUUCACCUGUUACUGAUGUUCUUUUAGGUGUUGUACUUCCUGUUCAUCUUCAUAUCGGCUGGGACUCUUGUAUCACUGAUUAUUUUAAUGCUCGUAAAAGUGUAAUUUUAAAUAAAUUAAUGACGGGUACUUUGUGGCUUACUACAACCGGUGUUGUUAUUGCCAGUUAUCAAUUCAAUACAAAUGAUAUUGGACUUACUGCGUUUAUUAGCAAGUUGUGGGGAGCUUAAAAGAGGAUUAUUGAUUUAUUCAAAAUGACACCCUAUAUACACCAAGAUACACACACAUAUUAUUUAAAUGUGAAUCCGUUUUUUUUUUUUUUUUU